AUGGCUCAUAAAAAGACACCUGUGCCCUUAAACAUUGCUCCUGCUGGUGAUGGGUUUCCCACCUCCACCAACAACGAUGUUGUGUCUGAAGGCUUGGAGCUGGAUGAACAACAGAGGAAAAGGUUAGAAGCUUUUCUUACCCAAAAGGCCAAGGUGGGUGAGGACUUCCAUCAUGUCUGUGAGCUGGGUGCAGGCAAUGGCGGAGUUGUAAAGGAAUGCCACAAAUCUUCAGGAAUGAUCAUGGCCAGGAAGCUUAUUCAUCUUGAAAUUAAACCUGCAAUCAGAAACCAGAUCAUCCAGGUGCUGCAUGAAUGUAACUCUCCCUACAUUGUGGGCUUCUAUGAUGCGUUUCAUAGUGAUGGAGAGAUCAGCGUCUCCAUGGAGCACAUGGACGAUGGAUCUCUGGACCAGGUGCUGAAAGAAGCAAAGGAAGAGAUUCUGUGCAAAGUCAGCAUUGCUGUUUUGAGAGGCCUUGUGCACCUAGAAAAACAUAAAAUCAUGCAUGGAGAUGUGAAGCCUUCUAACAUGCUAGUGAGCUCGCAGGGGGGAGUGUUUUUCGUGUUUGCUGUAUAGCCUGAGAGGUUGCAGGGAACCCACUAUUCUGUGCAGUCAGAUGUGUGGAGUAUGGGGCUGUCUCUUUUGGAGUUGUAUGGAACGCUUCCCAUCCCUCCUCCAGAUGCUAAAGAACUGGAGGCCAUAUUUAGAUGUCCCAUCUUGAAUGGUGGUGAAGGAGAGACGCUCAGCACUUCACCCAGACUCCGACCAUCAGGUAGACCUGUCAGCGGUCAUGCUUUUGCCAUGGCCAUCUUUGCACGAUUAGACUACAUAGUAAGAAUCUAAGAGCCUCCUCCCAAACUACCACAUGGUGUCUUUACCUCCGAUUUCCAGGACUUUGUGACAAAGUGUCUCGUCGAAAAUCCAGCAGACAGGGCUGACUUGAAUAUGUUGACGAACCAAAUGUUUAUCAAGCGGUCUGAGGUGGCGCAGGUAGACUUUGCUGGGUGGCUUUGUAAAACCAUGGGGCUGAACCAACCUAGCAGUCCAACGCGCACUGCAGACUGA